AUGACGUCGCUGAAUUACCAUCAACGCAACACGCAGGCUGUAAAGGUCAUCUUAUCAGAACUCUACGUCACAUGGGCAACUAGUGACGGCGGUGCACUGGAGAUUCAAAAAGCCAUCGAGAGUGUACUACAUGCGGCGCACAAGAAAGUCAAUGGGGGCCCCACUGACGACAUUGUCGUGAAGCAUCGCUAUGGGGCGGCGCAGGAGCACCCAUUCCAAGAGCUACGGCCAGCGGAUGCGCACAAUUCGCGCUCUGCGGAAUCCGCCGUAUCACCCGCACCUCGUUCGCCCAGACGUAGCGUGUCUCCGCCCCCGUCAUCGCCCAGCCGUCUACCUCGUCGGCUGGGCGAUGACGUGCCGCGGACGCCAAGUCCCGUCCAGACGCCGCGCUUCUUCGGUGUCGACGAGAUGGACUACCCGCACCGCGCUGUUUCUCCCGGUAGUAUGAAUCCACCAUCACCAAGCUCCAUUCUGCACGCGAAGCCCGUGGUGGACCCAAUGGCGCCUGUUCCGCACGGUGGCAGCAGCGGGACAGCUUCACCGCCGAGCGCAUACUCAGUCGGUGGCCCUAGUCUUGACACAAGUGUCAAUGCCGUUAUGAUGCCUGGCGAGGUGUUCGCAUCUCUCGACACUAACAUGGCUGGAAGCAUGACGCAAUCGCAGCGCUUUGUGCAUUCGUCUGGCAGUUUUGCUUCAAUGCCGCCUGCCAAUGUGCAGCGCGCGACGGUUGAGGAUAUACCCACAUUCUAUAGCAAGGAUGAGACGAGGGGGGCUCUGCAUGUUGUCUCGGAAGCAGAAGAGGAGGCGUUAAGAAAUUUUUUCGCUAUCAAAGGUUCUUCAGUAAACCGCAAGGUGUUGGCUGGAUCCGCAGUGCCAAUAGAUACAACGAAAACAGUGCGCAAGGGUCAGUUUGGUAUGCUUUGCCAGGAUGUGUUUGGUGUACCGACGUGGAUGAAAGACGCAUUGUUUCGCCGCAUUACGACCGUCUCUGGCAUCUCAGAGUCGGCAGCUCUCACGUACGAGCAGAUAUCGAACUACUAUUAUAACGUGCUUGGCAGUCUCUCCGUUAACCGUCGCCUUUUUGAGCUGAUCCGCAGCGACCCACGAGUAGAGUACUUAACCCUGCAGGAUUUUAAGGACGUAGCACGCCACCUUGUUGACUCCCACCCUGGACUGGAGUUCCUCAAGCAGCCGGAGUUCCAAGAGUAUUACUGCCGCACCGUCGCCAUCCGCAUUGUAUACUCCCUGGAGCGGCAACAAAGUGGCCGCAUCAGUUGGUUCGAGUUUGAUCGUAGUGACCUACCUGAGGUCAUGCAAGAGGUCGACGAGAAGGAUGUGAAUCUUGUCCUGCAGUACUUCUCUUAUGAGCAUUUUUAUGUGCUGUACUGUAAAUUCUGGGAGUUGGAUACAGACCGUGAUCAACUCGUCGGCUUUGACGAUCUGUGCAAGUACGGUCAAGGUUCCAUCUGUGCCUCUGUACUGAAGCGUGUGGUGGAAGGCGCAGGGCGUCCGCUUACGUCGGGCGAACCGGAAAAGCUUGACUUCGAAGACUUUGUGUAUUUUUGCCUUUCAGAGGAGGACAAGAAUAGCAACCCUGCCGUUUAUUACUGGUUCAAGGUACUGGACGUGGACGGGGAUGGUAUUCUGAGUGGGUAUGAACUCUACGAGUUCUACCAAGAGAACCAGCAGCGCUUUCUAGAGUACGCUGAGAACCCGGAUGGGGACUUGUCGUACGGAGACAUGAUGUGCCAGAUGAUCGACAUGUUGGGUUGUUCACAUGAGAAAGGAAACCAGUUUAGCUUGACGCUCAGCGACCUUCGCGCGUGUCCGACGCCAUCGAACUUUUUUAAUAUGGUUUUCAAUGCCCCAAAGUUUAUGCUCUUCGAGCAUCGCGACCCCUUUGCAGAGCAUCAGCAAAAGAUGAAGCCAGAGAAGACGGACUGGGAUCGUUUCGCCCGUGCUGAGUACGACCGCAUGGCGAGUGAAGCUCAGUGA